AUGUCUUCCACCCGCAAGGACAGCCUCGCCUCGUGGACAACGAACCACUCGACUCUCGAAACCGGCGAGGGCAACAGCUACGACCGCACGCCGCUGCCCCCACGACCCUCUCAACAGCGCGACAUCUACGGCGCCAGCUCGCCUCACCGGCCCCUCUUCCUCGCGGCGCGCACCCUCUGCAUCUGCCUCGGCAUCGUGCUCAUCGCACUCUCUAUCAUCGCCCAGCGCGGCAUCGGCCGUGACAAAUGGAUGGCACCGAUACUCAGCCCGGCCAUCCAGUCGUGCUGCACCAGCGGCAUCGACGUCUACUUCAUCCUGCGCCGCAACAGGCGCUCGCCGGCCCUGCAGCGGCUGCUGUACGAUGGCGCCAUUGGCAUUGGGUUCGCCAUCGCGGGGGGCUUUCUCGUGUCGUUCACGCUGGGCGACAUGCAGCGGACGCGCGCCGGAUCGAGCGCCGCGACGGCGGCUGUUGCGGUGCUCAUCUUGUUCUGCAUGUUCAGUGAGAUGUGA